GGAGGUGGAGCUUCACGCGGCGGUCCGGUUCCUCUCCUCGCUGCUCUCGGGUCUGCGCUCGCCGUGUCAACAACGUCGUCUCACAGGGGAGAGAAAUGAGAGCAAGGCCGCAGUUGAGGAAGUGAGAUGAUAACAUAACGGCGCAUCGGUUGCAAGGUUUCCUUCUUUUCUUUUUUUAGUCGUCUCCACCUCUUCGUUGAUCGGACUGCAAUGCCGCCGCAGCGAGUAUUCGCCCUGCCGAGGCAGCAAUCUCUGCUCCUGCCCGCGGUCAUCAACCCGUUCGUGCAGGACACGAAACUAACCAAAGCCGCUGUCAUCAAAUGUGUCCUGCUGGGAAUCUUCCUGGUCCCCGUCCGCGCCGUCCUCUUGUCCCUGGUCCUGUUGGUGACAUGGCCAGUGUCUGUCCUGAUAACCUUCAAGCAUCCUCUGAAAGGAGCAGUGGAGCCAAUGACAGGCUGGAGACGGUUUAUGUGUCGAAGUGUGAUGGCUGCCUUGGGGAGGGCUUACUUCUUCUGCAUGGGCUUCAGAGUGGUGGUGAAGGGCAAGCAGGUCGGCAGCAGCGAGGCUCCCAUCCUGGCCGUGGCCCCGCACUCCACGUUCUUUGACGGGAUCGUUUGCAUCGUGGCCGGCCUGCCCUCCACUGUGUCCCGCGUCGAGAACCUGGCUACGCCCAUCUUUGGCAGGUUUGUGCGUUGUCUCCAGCCGGUGCUUGUGUCUAGAAAGGACCCAGACUCCAGAAGGAACACAAUCCAAGAGAUUGACAGCAGAGCCAAGUCAGGAGGCCGCUGGCCACAGGUGCUGAUAUUUCCGGAGGGAACGUGUACAAAUCGCUCGUGUCUCAUCACUUUCAAACAGGGUGCAUUUAUCCCAGGGGUCCCUGUGCAGCCUGUGAUUAUGAGAUAUCCUAACACACUGGAUACAGUGACCUGGACUUGGCAAGGUUUCCACUCGAAGACGUUGCUGCUUCUAACGCUGUGCCAGCUCUACACCACAGUAGAGAUCGAGUUCCUGCCGCCCCACAUCCCCACGGAGGAGGAGAAGAAAAGCCCGGCGCUGUUUGCCAGCAGAGUGCGAGAAACCAUGGCCCAUGCCUUGGGGGUUCCGGUGACUGACCACACAUACGAAGACUGUCGCCUGAUGAUCUCAGCUGGCGAGCUAACACUUCCCAUGGAGGCUGGCCUGGUGGAGUUCACCAAGAUUAGUCGCAAACUCAAUCUGAAGUGGGACAACGUGAGGAAGGAGCUGGAGGGUUUUGCAACUAUGGCCAGCUCCUGUAAGGGAGGACGCAUCGGCAUUGAGGAGUUUGCCAAGUUCCUGAAGCUCCCUCGCAACCCAGCCCUGGAGGAGCUGUUUGCACUGUUUGACAGGAACGGCGACGGCACCAUCGACUUCAGAGAGUACGUUAUCGGCGUGACCAUCUUGUGCCGGCCAGCAAAUACAGAAGAUGUUCUACGGAUGGCUUUUCAGCUGUUCGACACAGACGAGGAUGAGAAAAUCACCCGAGAGGAGUUCACGGCUCUGCUGCGCUCUGCUCUGGGUGUGUCGGAUAUAAACAUGGUCAAGCUCUUCAAGGAGAUUGAUGCUGAUGGCUCGGGUUUCAUCACCUUCAACGAAUUUCAGUCCUUUGCUACGACCCAUCCAGAGUAUGCCAAGCUCUUCACGACCUACCUGGAGCUGCAGAGAUACCAAGCGAUCCAGGAGGCGUGUCCUGGUGAUUUGGAACUGACUGGUCAGGCCUGCUCACAGGGAAAGCAGGAAGACGGCGCUUCUGACAAAAAAGACGACUGAGACCUGGGAUAACAGUGACCUUUUCUUGACUGCGGAGAAAAGAAAGAAAUGCAAAUCUGUCACCCGUCAUCUCGUUGCAAUAUAAUUAGCAGAUCCAAGUCAUUGCCACGCCAGAGCCAUACCAUUUUUAUACAUGGUUUUAGAGUGCUUCUAUUUUCAAUUUUAGUGCCUUAGAGAGAUUUAAAAAAAAAAAAAAAAGAAAAGAAAAAAAAACUUCCCCAAGUCAUCGCACAAGGAAAUUGUUUUGUGACUUUUUACAUUUGUAAAGUUUUGUGUGUGCUUUUUGGUAACGUGUCAACAUCUCAAGAAAAAUCUAUUGAAUAUUGAAUAUGAAAAAAGAAAAUAUGUACUGUAUAUGUUUAAAAAAAACAUGCCAUCAGUGUUUUAGCAAUGUUUUAAUCGUCUGAACUGCAAAACAUUUAGAGUUUUAGUCUUAGAGAAAAUGUUGGGGGCCCUGGUCAAGGAAAAUAUGAGUUUUUUCAUGGUGGGGUCAGGGGGCGGGGCAAAACAACUUUUUCAAAUUUUCCUUCAGAUUUCCUCAGUGUGUUCGACGGCUUACCCUUUCUGGCGCUGAUAUUAACACAGCCUUGUGUACCUUAUCCCUUGUCUUGUUUUUGUUUUGUUUAGUUUUUUUUUAAAUGAGUGGAAAAAUUGCCAAACCGACACAUUUUACAGCAGAGUCCUCGUGCUUCUGUGUUACUGUUUAAUUAGUGUACAAAAAAAUUUUAUGAAGAUAUUUCCAGUCUGGCAACUCAGAGAUAUUCCAUAUUAAAGCUACAAUGAGCACAGACGCUGUGCAUUACACUUUUUUUUUUUUUUUCCAGCGCUCAGGGACACAGACCUUGUAAGAAGGCUGUAUAAUUAGCCAGAGGUUUGCUUUGCAUGUGUACCUAUUUGCAUUUCUACUGAAGAUUGUUGUUGCUGAGACAGCAGCGUGUCUGUGCAGCUUUACGUUUACUAAAGCAAAUGAACCACUGAAAAUAGGGCAAUUUGUGAGCAAAAAGGCAACAGUGCUUCUUCACAACAGCAUAUUCCGGCGGGGUAUGCUUUCAGAUUAGCUAGAGGCAUUGUUAUUUAUUUAGUACAGUGUAUUGCAAUUAUGUGAUGUUUUCUCUUCUUCUUCUUCCUUUUUUGUUAACACUGCAAAGUUUGCUUUUUAAAAUAAAACACGGAAACAAAA